UCAUCACCCUCUCUCUCUCUCUCUCCAUCUCCAAAGCUUCGAGAUCGAUUCGUAAGUUCUCGGUAUUUUUCCUGCAAUCUCCACACUAUUCGAUUCUCGUAAAGCUGGACACGUGGAUCAUCCUCCGCUUUCACUUAGUUUCCUCAAGUAGAAGUAGCUACUAGCUCCGGAUCCACUUACGCUCUCAGAUCAACUUCCCGACGGUUACAAAAGUUGAUUCACUUCUCCCAGCUCCGAUCUGCUCUUCCGGUGAAGAAACACCUAUCGAAUCAACUAGAAUCUGUUUUCGCGAAUGAAGUAACCAAGCUGCUUCAUAGACUUUCUUGAUUAGAGAUGAGAUCCCGAACUCUCCAAGUAAAUUAGGAUCUCACAAGCUAAUCAACUGUUAGGCUACUUGAUAGUGAUUCAAAAAAUCAGCAAAUCGGUUACUUAGAUUUGAUACUAGAGUCUCUAUAAUAAGGAUGCAGACUAGGGUUAUACAGAUGGAAGAAGGAAAAGAUAACGGAAUCUUAAUUAGAUCAGUGAAGUCUAAACCGUUUCCAGCGAAACUGCUUCUUAUACUAGGCCUUUUCCUCGCGUUUGCUCUCACCGUCUUCGUCAUUAGUGUAUCUACUAUCAAGUAUACAGGCCUACAAAGCGUAGUAACAACCGUCACUUCUGGCUUUGUCACGUGCCGUGAGGACGAGCCAAGCAGUUUGAGUAAAUGGAUACAGCCUCCUGCUGUUUUGAUGCAUAACAUGACAGAUGAAGAGCUUCUUUGGCGCGCUUCUUUCUGGCCUCGGAGGAAAGAGUAUCCGUUUCAGAGGGUUCCGAAGAUUGCGUUUAUGUUCUUGACUAAAGGUCCCUUGCCCCUUGCUUUGCUCUGGGAGAGGUUUUUGAAGGGUCAUACAGGGCUUUACUCGGUUUAUGUUCAUCCGCAUCCCUCUUUUACCGCCAAGUUUCCUGCUGGUUCUGUUUUUUACCAGAGGCAGAUACCGAGUCAGGUUGCGGAAUGGGGGAGAAUGACCAUGUGCGAUGCGGAGAAGCGGCUACUCGCCAACGCGCUUCUCGAUAUCUCCAACGAAUGGUUUGUUCUCGUCUCGGAGUCGUGCAUACCGCUCUUCAACUUCACGACAAUCUACAGCUACUUGAGCCGAUCGAAACACAGCUUCAUGGGCGCUUUUGAUGACCCUGGACCGUUCGGGCGCGGCCGCUACAACGACAACAUGGAACCUGAAGUACCCAUCACCAAAUGGCGGAAAGGGUCUCAAUGGUUUGAGAUUAACCGAGAGCUCGCAGCUACCAUUGUCAAAGACACAUUGUAUUACCCCAAGUUCAAAGAGUUCUGUAGGCCUGCUUGCUAUGUCGACGAGCAUUAUUUCCCUACGAUGUUGACGAUUGAGAAACCAAUGGCGCUGGCUAACCGGAGCUUGACGUGGGUGGACUGGUCUAGAGGAGGCCCCCACCCGGCUACGUUUGGGCGGUCUGACAUAACGGAGAAGUUCUUUGAAAAGAUACUUGAUGGAAAAAACUGCGUUUACAAUGGUCGUAACACUUCAAUGUGUUAUCUCUUUGCGAGGAAGUUUGCUCCAAGUGCGCUGGAGUCUUUGCUUCACAUAGCACCCAAGAUUCUGGGAUAUUGAGAUAGAGAGGAGUGUCUCUGAACCUCUUGAAACCAAAUAGAGAUAAUGAAAUGGAUAUGAUAUGGAUUCUGUCCAAGAAAUUACUGUGAUAUUAUUUUAUUUUGUUUGUUUUUUAUAUACUAGUUUGGAAGAAAAUGAGAUAUUAGAAGAGAUAACAUUGCACA